AAAAUUUCUUUGAUCCAACUACGUAACACGAGCAUAUGCAUAUUAAUAAUUUAUCGAGUGGAUUGGGUAUACUAUAUAAAGGGAUCAAAUUGUUACUUUUAAGACUUCGUUUAUUCUUUCCAAAAGAUAGUCAUCGGCACACCAAAAUAUACUUGACAAUUAAGUGAACGGAGAAACUGUGCUCUGCAUUUUACUUCCAUUUUCCUCCGCUAGUUACCAGCACCGGUCGCCGAAUCCGAAAAGUGACUUCAAUCCUUUCCACUAAGGGUGUGUUUUGACUUCAGAGCAAACCUAAAGUGGAAAAGGGGAUUUUUAUUUUUUUUUUCUUUUUCAUUUUGGCCAUUCAGUUCUCUCUGGGGACAUUUUUGUUCUCUCUGCAACUAUGGAAAAGCUACCUUUAACUGAAUAUCCAUUCCCUAAGCUCUCUUUAGAUGAGAUUCUGGAAUUGGAAAGAAUAUACAAAGAUGUGGUAGGAAAAGUGUUCAAUCGGAAGUUGUGCCAGGAGAUUGCUAAACGUUUUAGUUCCUCAUCAAAUGGUGCUGGUAAAAAUUCCUUAUCAUGGCAACAGGUGCAGCUGUGGUUCAGAAAUAGUCAGAGAAUGUUACUGGGUGAAGAUAUCUCAUCUUCUGACCUGCUGAAAAUAUCUGCUGAUCUUGCAGAUUCACCUCUUUUAGGCAAUGGAAAAGGUAAACAAGCUACAGAUCUCGAUGAUAUGGGAUUUGAAGCACGAUCUACAAAAGACAAUGCAUGGCAUGAUGUUUCAAUGUUCCUUAACUACAGAGUUCUGAGUACGGGCGAACUUGAAGUCCGCGUACGAUAUGCUGGAUUUGGGAAAGAGCAGGAUGAGUGGAUGAAUGUGAAAUUGGGGGUACGGGAGAGAUCUAUUCCAUUAGAACCUUCAGAGUGUCACAAGGUGAAGGAUGGAGAUCUUGUACUAUGUUUCCUGGAAAAAGAAGAUUAUGCCCUCUAUUGUGAUGCUCGAAUUGUAAAAAUCCAGAGGAAGAUACACGAUCCAACAGACUGUACGUGCACCUUCAUUGUUCAAUUCGUCCAUGACAACACUGAGGAAGGAGUUUCUUUUAGCAGGAUAUGCUGUAGGCCUACACAAGAGGAAUCUGCUUGCUUCCCAGAUCUUGCCCUUGAUCCCACCCAAAGUCCCUCCCUAAAUUUCCCCCUAAAUACCAUAGAGUCCUUGUGGGGAUAAAAAGAGCCAAGUUUUUUGGUAUUCCCCUUUCAUACUUUUGGUUAACGUUUUGUGUUUGUUACAAUGUAAGAUAGUAAGGUUUUGAUCUAAAAACGAGCCAGGGAACUUUGAAUGGUUUCUUUAUUUUGGUUUAUUUUAUUUAUAGAGAAAUAUUAACAUUUCAUAAAAUGGUUUUUACAUCA